CGUAGCGUUAGCACGUUUGCUGGGAGCUGAACCUGGAUGUCUGCCCGCUGUCUGCUAUCAGCAGCCUCGGAGGAUGCAAGUUCUUCAAGACGACUUCUUCUACCACUCAAAUUCAAGGUUGGGAGCUGAUGGAGGCCUCGAGGAUGAGAGACAACUUUUGUCUGAAGAGCAGAAGUUAUGCAGAGCCCGAGCACGCAAGUUCUCCUUGGAAACCAAGCGACGCAGGAAGGCUCUGGAGCAAAGACGGAAGCAGUGGGACAUGCAGGAGCAACAGCUGAGACAGAACAUCCUACAACAACGCAGACAGCGAGUACAGGAUGCAACAGAGCGCUUCCAAAGAGCCCAUCUACCUCCUUCUCAGAGAUUCAGACUAUCAUUGAGAAGAAAUGUCCCAAAUAUUGAAGAUGCACUCAAUCAGAUUCAAGGCACGUUGAAUUCAUGCAACCGGGAGUCCCCCUUCUUGUCCAGCAACUCUAACUUUAGAAGCUGCACGCCGUCUCCUAAGCCCCCCACAGUUUCUAAAUCGUCCCACCGCCAAGCACUCUCUGCUGUGGAGGCCUAUACUAAACUGCUUCAGGAGAAGAGCAUGACUUGCUUUAAGAACAGUCAACAAGCUGAGAAGACACAAGAGAAGCAACAUGAUCACAGGCCACAGGACAACCACCUGUCUGAUUGCUGUAAUUCUGAAAGCCUUUCAAGUAAGGACAGUCUGGAGAAUGAGGAGACCAGCCACAGCGUAAAAAAUCUACAAUGUUCCUAUUCAUCAUUAUUGCUCGAGAAGCCCCAUCCAGACCGGAGAAAGCAAAGUGAUUCAGCAUCAGACUUAACUUCUCUCUCAGUGAUGAUGCUUCUCGGUGAUGACUUACACGAAUCAGGAAAACUGCAUGAGCCUAAGCCGACAAAACAAGAGGACUCUGAUGGGCCUAACAAUAAGAUGUGCCCUUCUAGAUCAUCCUGGGGCUUCACAUCUUUUGAGCCAACGCCUAAAAGAGAGACCCAGCCUGCUCCACAAAACUGCAACUUAUUAACUCUUUGUGAAAUUAUUAGUGCAGACCCAGAGCACUUUGAGGUAAAUUCCCCACAAAACAGUCCCAAUGACAGCAUCAUUAUUUCAGAUGGAGUUCCUCCCAGCAACGCAGCACUUCAGUCUUCAUGUACGAAAGAAGAGGCUCUGUUGGAUCUCAGGCAGCAGAGGGUCUAUGAUGACAGACAAUUAAAAUAUCCACCAGCUACUGAAGUCCUCUUGCCUGCCAAAAACGGCAACAGCAAAGACAUUUUGUUUGGGGCUUCCCCAAAGCCAAAUAUUUUCUUAAGAGAUAGCACAACAGAUAAUGCCUCGCAAGAAGGAGCUCUUCAGCAGAUGGGAAAAGAAAUCCACUAUCUGUCAUCCCAGAAAGAGCCUAGUGCUUCCAUAAACAACCUGAAUAAGGUUUCGAACUCAGAGCCCAAAACAGAGAAGCCCAUUAAUACAGCAUCUGUGCAACACACGUGCUCGUCUAACAUUCAGUCAGACACUCUUAAGUGCCUUAAGUGUCCUGAGGAGGAAGUACAAAAAUUGCCUGUUUCAGUGGGGACAUCACAUUCAGUACGUGAAGUCAGAUUCAUUAAAGGAAUCCUUAAAAAACCAUCCAAAUAUACGUCAGGAGAUGCUACUUGUGUGUAUGGCUCAGGACAUUUGAUUUUUGCUAAACAAGUAGCUUUAGCAAUCAGAGAUAGUGUUGAGCUGACCAGGGCAAAAACGACGGAUGUGGAGGGCAACAACACCGUCAAAAAGAAGCUGCGUUGGUUUGAUGAGGUAAAUGUGAAGAAAGAGGACAAAAAGCAUGACAUGAUGAAACAGAUGAAAAGCAAGUCUUCCAGUCUUUGUCAGUCAAGUAGCAACUCAGAGGACCACCAGCUAAGUCUCACUACAGUCUCAGGGGCUUCCAGGCCUGGACCCAGCAUGACCCCUCCAGCCUCCACUGGUUAUCACUUUACAAAAGCAUGGGCAGAUGUUGGGGUUCAAGUAAGCCUGCCCCAGGAAGGAGCGGACGAGGUCAAGGUGCCAUGGAGCAGCACCAGGACCGGUGGCCCCAAGGUCCCUCGGAGAGAGCGCUCUGCCAGAGCUGCAGCGGGUCCUGUUUCCUCACGGACUAGAAAGGGCACUAUCAUACGACCUCAAUCUGCCACCGAGGUGAGUCAGAUUGCCAAAACCCAGGGGAAGAUCAUGGCCCCCCGCCCACCUCCCAGGAUGGAAUUGGUGGAAGAAAAGACGCCGCACAUCACUAAGACUCCAUAUGGCAUGGAUCAUACAAGUGUCAACUGUAAACAAGCUCUGGCUGUAGAACAGGCCCUGCACAAGAACAACUCGGAGGGCUUUUUCUCACCUUACACACAUCAUGAAAUCAGAACAGAUAGUACUGUUAUGUACACACCACUGCCACCCUCGUAUACCUGCCCCGUCUCAGAGGGCAACACAAAGCGCGUGCCCAGCUCAGGUCAUCAGGAAACCCAGGGCUGCAGCAGAAGAAGAGGGAUGGUGUACAAUGAAAAAGGCCUCUGUUUAGAUUGCACUCCCACAGAAGAGGAGAUCUCACAGCUCUGGCACGGUGUCUGCAGUGCUUUAGCCACGAAGGAAGCAAAAGCCAAGCUGAGAAGGCAGGCCCAGGAGAUUGGGCGAGCUGUGAGGAAACCCUGCGUGGAGCAGAGCAGAUGGCCUCCUGGCUCAGGGAGCGGAAGGUUUCCUCAGCCCUCUCAGCCAACAAAACAGACCACAGAGCCAGUUGGACCAUUUUCCGGUACUUACAAUACGGCCUUUCCAGAUGAAGGUUUGGAGAGUGCAGCCCAGUUACACCUGGCUGAAGUACAUGCUGAAGGCCUUCUGGAAGAAAGGGAUAUUGUGGCUGCCAUGGAAACAGCCCAAACACAGAGACCUGUACAGCAGCGCAGCCAACAGCAGGGACUCACCACCAUUUCCUUGGAAGAGCAGAAAAUCCUCCUUUCUCUGGACAGACUCAAUCGCCAGCUGUUCUGUGUGCGGGAACGUGUAGGGGGUAAUACUGGCAUGCGUGGCCUUGUACUUAUUGAUGGACCCUCUAUGAGGGAAGUGAAAGUCUCAAGCCAUCACAGGCACCGUGCAUCCUCAGCUAACGCCCACUCUCGAUCCCAGAAGAAACUCUGACUUAAAGCAUGUGUGGUCCACAGUGGUCUUCUCUCCCAUCAGUGCAUUAUCGCUGCCCUGCAUCAUAAUGUAUAACAAACCACUUUAUACCUUGUGAAGUGGGUUCAGUCUGCUUUAAAGCAAAAACUGCACUAGAGUAACUUCAAGACCCAAGAGAUCAGCAGCCAUGGACUGUAGAGACAAUAAAACAUAUCAGCAAAAUUACACCAAACACCGUUUUGAAGAUGAUGGGUUUAAAUUAGUUUUGUACUUUUGCCAUCUGCUUACACAACAGCACACUGUCUCAGAGAACCUUCUUAGCUCUUGUUGAGCCACUUACUAUUAAACAGUCAAAUUCUAUGUGCCUCUUAAAAUUAUACUGACUUCAGUUUGUUUUUAUUUCACAAAUGAAAAAAUGCCCCUCUUAUAUUUUGCAUAUGACCAGAAUUGACUGUAAAAUAUACACUGUAGAUUUGUAUAAGAUUAGUUUUUAUUUUCAAAGGAGUCUUACUCUGUAUUUAUUUUGUAUAGUUAUUUGAUGGAAUCUAC